AUGAUUAGCUGGGAAGAUGAUAUAGUGGAAGCAUUUGUCUGGUUUGAUCCCAGGAGACAGACUCCUGAGAGGAAGGAGGCCCUUGAUAAUAGGUGGUGGUUGCAAAUGGUUCCAUCUCAUCUGUUUACCACCCAUACACCCCUGGGAGGUAAGCUCCCCAUUGUCAUUACUCCUCAAAGUGAUGGCCAGGACCUCAUAGACUUCAGUUUUAUGUCCCUGGUUCCCAGCCAUGUACAAUGGUUGUCACCGGCCCAGCAGUGGGGUCCUCCUCCUUUCUUAGAAGAAAUGGUAGCAAGGAUGGAGCAAAGACAGGGGAUUAUUGGGUAUCUUUAUGGCAAGCUGGAAGAUAAGGUAGUAGAGUUGAAAGUGAAGGAGGGAGAAUAUAAUUAG